AUGGAGUUUGAGACCCGAAAUGCGACUCUGCAAGCAGAACUUGACAACAUUUCACCUGCCUUCAUCUCGAAACGCAGUCAAGAUCCCACUUCCUGGCUUCCAAGGUCACCACCCCGCUACAACCUCGAAUCACAUCGCGACACGGUCAACUGCAUUGCCUUCCAUCCGGUCUUCUCUUCACUCGCCUCUGGUUCGGAUGACUGCACGAUCAAGAUAUGGGACUGGGAAUUUGGCGAGCUAGAGAGAACGAUCAAAGCUCAUACACAAGCUGUACGGGAUGUGGAUUUUGGUGGUCCCAAAGGGGCUGUUCUCCUGGCAUCCUGUAGUGCUGAUCUGACGAUCAAGUUGUGGGAUCCGGCAGAUGGGUAUAAGAAUAUUCGCACCCUUCAAGGCCACGAUCAUAGCAUCAGUACUGUGCGGUUCAUCCCAUCCGGCAAUCUCCUUGUGAGCGCGAGCGGAGACCAAACACUGAGGAUAUGGGACACCACCACUGGAUUCUGCACCAGGACAUUGCACGGUCAUACGGGAUGGAUCCGUGAUGUCUGCCCUUCGGUUGACGGCCGUUACCUGCUAUCUACUGGUAAUGACCGAUCAAUACGCAUGUGGGACACAUCAUCGCCCAACCCGGAGAACAUCAUCACGUUGGCCGCACAUGAAAACGUCAUUCAGUGCUGCGCCCUCGCCCCACCAGCGUCUUACAAGCACCUCGCAGCUUGGGCCGGGCUGAAAACGCCGCCGUCGACCAACUCGGCCGAGUUCAUGGCAAGCGGUUCUCGGGACAAGACGAUCAAGAUCUGGGACGCUCGUGGUACCUGCUUGAAGACGUUGGUUGGUCACGACAACUGGGUCACCGCUCUUGUUUGGCACCCGGGUGGCAAAUACCUGCUCUCCGUGGCGGACGACAAAACAUUGCGGUGCUGGGACCUCAGCCAGGAGGGCAAGUGCGUCAAAGUCCUGACGGACGCGCACGAGCAGUUCAUCACAUGCCUUAGAUGGGCGCCGGGAAUUGUCAGCGAUGUGCCCCAAGCACCGGCGGAUGGAGCAGGCGGCCGCGGAAAGCCUCUUGAUGGCAAGGGCCAACCGCCUAACACGCAGAUACGUUGUGUUGUCGCGACGGGCAGCAUGGAUACCACUGUAAGGGUCUUUACAACGUAG